UCUGCCUCUUCAUCAGAACCCGCUGCAGCCUCUCGGUUCUUUAUUGCACUUUGAUUGAAUCCAUCUCGAUCUGUGCAGCGCUGCGUUCAGGAGCCUCAACAUUUAAACCUCUUUACUUUGCUUCUGCUUUGUUUGACCCACCGGCUCCUUGCACACCACCUCUCUGCCUGCCUAGAACAUUGUGUCCUUUGUGGGGGAAAAUGACUGCAAAGCAUCGCAAAGGGAAGAACAACUACAAACAUGAAGAUAACUUUUUCAAAAACGAUGUCACGGAGACAGAAGUUCGCGGUGGGGGGAACAACAUCGCUCUCCACUUGGUUUUAUUCCUGAUGAUAGUAAUAUGCGGUGCUACUGGCUCAUGGUUCUGUUUCCAGCAGCACCAAACGUUAACCUACUUAACAGACAAUCUCAUGGGCAUGCAGAUGAAAAUAGUGAAGCUACAGUCGUCCCACGAAGAUAUGAGACAGUCAAAUAACCAGCAGCAAGCCUCAGAGAACAUGGAGAUCCGCCUGAAUGCCCUGGAGGACUCCUACGCACUGGCCCAGAAACAGGCGGGCAUGGCCUUGGCUACAGCUGAGCAGCUCAGGACGUCCGACCUCCCCACUCAGGUGAUGUCUCUCCACACUGAGAUGAAGAACCGCCUGGCGGAGAUGCAGCAGGCCACCGUGUCCCUGGAGCAGCUUAGCCAGUUGCAGAGCAUACUGAGAGGCAAGAGCGAGGAGUUUGAGGUGGUCAGGAUCCAGGUGGAGGGCCUGUCCACGCUGAGUGACCAACUGUCCCAGAAGGUGGAAGGCUUGACGGGGAGCAUGGGAGAGGCCGAGUCGAAACUGGAUGAGGUUGCCACGCUGAGUGCCAGCAUGGACGGACAGACGGCCGAGGUGCAGAUGCUGAAGCAGCAGCUGGAGAACUACCAGGCUCAGCUGGAAGCCAGCACUCUGGAGAUGGCUAAUGUCAGAGGGUUGAUCGAGAAUGAACAGCUCCAGCAGGGCAGCGUGGAGGAACAGAUCGAUACGCCUGUGGAAGAAACAGUGGAAGAAACAGUGGAAGAGGUAGCUCCCGCAGUCGAGGAAGAGGCAGCUCCCGCAGUCGAGGAAGAGGCAGCUCCCACAGUCGAGGAAGAGGCAGCUCCCACAGUCGAGGAAGAGGCAGCUCCCGCAGUCGAGGAAGAGGCAGCUGCAGCACCUGAAGAAGUGGAGGAACUUCCUGCAGAUGUAGAAGAAGAGGCAUCCAAUACUGAGGCAGAAGGAGCAGGAGAGGAAAGCGAAGAAGAGGCAGCUGCACAGGAAGUAGCCCCUGUGGAGCAGGAGGACUCUGUGACAGAUGAGGCUGAGGAAGAGGAGGCUGCUGCCUUAUCAGAAAAGACGGAAGAGGAAGAGUCUGUAGAGGAGACCCAGGAAGCAGAAGAGGUGGUGUCUGAAGGAGAUGGGGGACUGGAAGAGAAGGAAGUGUUAGAAGAAGAGGAAGAGGAAGAACAGCAGGAUGUAGCAGCUGAAGAGGAGGCGGAAGAGACGGAUGAAGAAGAGGAGCCAUUAGAAAAUGAUGCUUCACCAGAAGAUGAAUAGUGCAUAUCGCCGGAAAGGAGAACAUUUCCACACAGGACAUAUCAAGAAAGGAGAAUGGCAACUUUUCUCAGUACAAAAUCACAGUCAACAAUAGGACAGAUACUGUAGAAGGCAUUAUUGAUUGCUGUUGUUUUGGUGCAGUUUUCAUUACAUGGUUGCUCUUUGAAAGGCAGACCUCAGUCAGAAGAAAUUAGUCACUACGCUGGACCUCAAAACAUGAGUUUGGAAAUGGGUAAUUCAGGGUGUUCCUGCCAAUAACAACCUCAGAAGCCUUAAUCCAUCAAAUAAUGACUUAUCUUUCUACAGAGCCUUUUCCACUUUUCAUCAAUCACACUUUUUGUCAAGUUUAGUAUCUGUAGUAAACUGGAAAACUCAAAGCCAGUGCCAUAAGAAGAAGUUACUGCCUAAACUGUUUGUCAAUGCACUUGAAGCCAUAAGUAAUGCCUGUUUUUGUUACAGUAACUAUAAAUGUAUCCCAGUUGUUUACACAGACAACAUGGGCAACUAAAGAGCUAACGGAAAAAAAAAAAAGCAUCUUUGAUGAGAUAAACAAGAACUAUUCCUGUCUUUAAAAUAUAGGACAAACUGUAGUUGAUAGAUUUUUUUUUACUUUUGAAAGUACUGUGUUUCAGUGCUUUAAAAACUGGAGGUUUGCUUUGAACCAGCACUUUCCUUUAACUGAUUACACCCAGACACCUGUAGUUUGUAAUAUACAGUGGUCUUAAAGUCCUCUACCAAGAACUAUUUCAGUAACAUCAUCCUACUGCUUUCUUACUUUUUAUUCAGAUUCUAAUUUCUCUUCAGACUAUGCAUCAUGUAAUGCUGUUGUGAGCCACAAUACAAACAGAGAUUAUAUGCAUUAUUGUCCCUUUUAAUAAUGUUUGGGAAAAAAGCAGUUUUCUGUAACUAUUAAAAGAGCUUUAGGAAUAAACUGCUCUCCAGGAUUAAAGAUUGUGGCACAUAACGGCAUCUAAAUCUUGUGUGGCAUUGAAAUACACACUGAGGUAGACUCACAAAUGGUUAGUUGUAAUCAAAACAACACCAAUAAGAACUAAAAUCAUCACUGUUGGUACCAAUAAGUUAACAUUGCAGCUGCAAAUGUAGAGCUUGUGUGUGAAGACAGCCACAUGACAAGUUAGAGCAAGCCAACAGAAGGACUGCCUAACACUGCAGAGUCAUGUUGGACGUUUAAGGAGAAGAAACUUGGAUCGAAACGUCACCAGAUCUGAACUCGGCUGAACAUGUCUGGGAACAAUAGAAACAAACAAAGGACAACACAUAAGGUCUCAUCACAAGACUCAAGGUCUCUAAUAUGCUCUGAAGACAACUGGAUAAUGUGAAUUCUCAAAUAAGGCAGAAAGAAUGUGAUUAGGGCAAAUAAUAGACAUAUCAACUAAUAAUGAUAUCUAAUGUGUUGUUUUAAAAUUACCUCUUUGGAGACAUGACAAAUGUGUACAUAGUCAUGCUUCAAACAUGUGUAAUGUGUUUCUGUAGCCAUUCUGUAAGUUCUUGGUAUUAUCAUAAGACCUGGGCGCCACUGUACAAUUUGCUGAGACUUUUCACUUUUACAAAAUGCAGUUUUUGCCAAUACAUUGGUUACUGUCAGUAUGAGAUUCAUGUUUUUAAAAUAAACCUUGGUUCUUUGA